CCGGACUAAUGCUCGACAUGCAGACGUAGGUACCUGGACCAAGUCUAGAGAGAACCUUGACAGGGGAAUGUGACUAGAGCACCGAGACCUAGAGAAGGAAGACUUAGGAUAAGACGUGCGCAGUUACAUUAACGUAACGCUCUUAAGCCUGUAGACUGACGGGCUUAGCCUAGUUACAUUGUUUCGUUAUCAGAUUAAAAAGUUGGAUUAAAGUCCGCGGCGUCUGAAAACCCUCCUCUCUGAGCGCUGGAACCACUCUGAGAGGUGUCACGUGAUCAUCACAGCAUUCCGACACAUUCAGCGACGCCCCUGAGGUGGCUAAGAGACCCUCCUCCCUGUCCUCAGCCACAUCAACCGGCUCCGUCCACGCCGCGUCAUCGUCACGUGAACAGCUCGCGGAGACGGCCGAGAGACGCCCGCGAUUGGCGGAGAUCGACGAGUACAUUGAGCCCGAGCUUGAGGUUGUCGUCAGGGAUCCGGCCAUGUCGGCGCCUGCUAAGGUCAAGAAACCCGCCACCAGCAUGGAAGACAUUUCCAGUCUCCGCCUCUGGAAGGGGAUCGUGGCGGAGUUCCUCGGGACGCUCCUGCUGACCAUGGUGGGGUGCGGCUCGUGCAUCAACCUGCAGGGGGAGAAGAACACGACCUCCCCCGUGGUGCAGAUCGCCCUGUGUUUCGGCCUGAGCGUGGCGACCAUUGUCUGGGCCAUCGCCCACGUGUCGGGAGGUCACAUCAACCCAGCGGUCACCGUGGCCAUGCUGGCCACUAGAAAGAUCAGCCUGGCCAAAGCUGUUUUUUUCAUCCUCUUCCAGCUGAUUGGAGCAGUAGUGGGAGCCGGAAUCCUGAUGGGCGUCACACCGGAAGCUCACCACGGCAAUCUCGGGAUGACCUUGGUCAGCAACAAAAUUACAGUGGGUCAAGCCAUUGGCGUGGAGCUGUUUGUGACCUUUGUCCUGGUCUUCACCGUCUUCGCCUCGUGUGACAGCAAGAGAAAGGACCUCAACGGAUCGGCGCCACUGACCAUUGGUCUUUCGGUCACCAUGUGCCACCUCUGGGCGAUUGACUACACUGGGUCAAGCAUGAACACUGCUCGCAGUUUUGGACCCGCCCUCGUUAUGGGAACGUGGGAAAACCAUUGGGUAUACUGGGUAGGCCCCAUCUUUGGAGGCGUCCUCGCAGCUGUCGUUUAUGAGUACUUCCCUAAUUUGUUUAAUAGAUGUGUACUGGGUUGGACCAAUUUUAGGCGGGGUCGUGGCCGGAGUUCUCUACGAACAUCUCUUUGCAAUCAACGCCAGCCUGAUGAAGGCCAAAGCAUGUUUGCUCUCCAGUGAUUACGAUGAUGACAAGUACAAGGCUCAACGGAUUAAGGUGAGGAUUAUUGAGGAUCCUGAUGAAGAGCAGGAGGAAGGCGAGGUUCUCCAGGAGAAGGAAAAGAAGUUUGGCUCCACCUCAUCUACCUCUAGAAUCUAAGUACAGGCCAAGAUCAGCAUUUCCAAACCCUUGCCAUGUGUAUAGCAAUAUAAGCAGAGAACAUAUGUGCCUCAUUAGUCAAAUUGGUAAACAUUUAAUUAAUUAGUGUAGUAGUAAAUGGAUAAUUAAUUUAAUUUUGCUAUUUUCCUAACAAAAUAUUUAUAACAAUAUUAUUUAUGUUUUGAAUUAGGUUUUAUUUAAGUAUUUUUAAAUAUAGCUCUUUUUGCUAGUAUUUCACAUCAAAGAAUACCAAAGCACUUGCUUAAAAAAGCAAGGUAUUACUGUUUUAUUUAUUAGCUUAGAAGAUGAGCAAUAAAGAAUGACAACAUCAUCCAAUAAAUUAUUUCAUGUGAUUGAUCUACUACCAAAGCUUUUUUACAUCUAAAUUUCAUCUUUAAUAAUGCAUGCAUGUAUUGUGUUUCAAACAAUUUUAAAACUUGGCAUUUAGCUUUAAUUAUGAAUUGUCUUUAGACAAUGGCUUAUAUGUCAUUUAUGACAAUGAACAUUUUAAAAAAUGUACUUUGAUAAAUAAUGUUUUCAAAUGUUCAGUAUUAUGUGGAAGUACUAGUGCUAGUAGCUAGUCAUCAUCUGUUUCUCACUGUCCAUGGAUGGGAUGAAAUGUUUUUGUGGUACACACAAAUUAGCCAUUGUAAACAUUCAGGGGAGGUGACUUGUAACAUGGCCAUCACAUCACAAAAUCCUGGACACUUAUUUCCAUAUGGAAGAUUUUUCACGUUUAUCAUUACUUUGUUCUGCACCCUGUUGUUUUAGUGUUGAUUCAGUAUACAGUACAAUUGAUAGUCUCAACUGUUACAAUUGUCCGAGUAAAUGUAACAUGGAUUAUAUAUUAUUAGAGCUCUUUUAAAGAGUGUUGAGUUUUUUUUGUUGUGAUAUGAAAUCAGGAGAGACAACUGGGAAAUAAAAUUAUUCUUGUUAAUUUAUGAAUUAUCUUUCUUACAUUUAAACCCACACUUUGCCUUUCUUUUAAAGUUUUAAUUCAUUGUACCAAAUUAAAUCUGUUUUUAUACAAUUUUGAAUCUGCUUUAUGUAUGUUUGAUUUAGUACUUUGAUGUUUAAUGUGCAAAAGUAAUUUAGAAGCCUCUAGAACUGAAUUGAAUAUUGUGAGUGCAAAUAUACAUGUCAAUUUUUAACUAAAUUAAAUGUUGACAGAAACAGCAUGAGUAAGAAUUAGUUUUAUAGACAAUUUUAUAUAUACAUAUAUAUCUUAAUAAUAAUAUUUUAAACUUGUGUGAAGUGGGAUUAAUUUUGCUGAUUAAAACUGUAUAAUGAAUGGCAACUAAUCAAUACAAUGUUUUAUAUUAAAAUGUUAUAAAAUAUAGAAAUUUUUAAAACCACACCUGUAUAUAGUGUGUUGGUGAAAUGUAUUACAAACAAUAUCUUAUUAUACAUACAUAUUAUAUUUAUACAUUCAUUCUUUUUUAAAUAAGUACAUACAUGUAUCAUUGUAUCUAACAUUACUUAGAUUUUAUUUAUACCGUAGUCAAUAGGAAAAAGAUAUGCAAGAUGUUCCUGUAUUCAAUUAACUUUUGUAUUGAAACUGAGAAAUGGAAUGGCUGGCAUUGCUUGUUC